GUUUCUAACCUUAGCCGAAGCAAACAUGCUUAAAUGAUAACAUUUUCCUUCGGUUAUAAAAGAAAUCACAGUAAGAAACACCAUUGAAAUGAAGGUCCACUUCUCUCCCUCCUCUCAAAACCCUAUAUCACCGGGAUUUCCUUGCCCCAUACACCCAAAGAAAGGUGUCAAAAUUUAGUAGCAGUAGAGUAGUAGUGAUAACUGAUGCCGCCGGAGGUAUUUCAAUGGGACCGGAGAAGCUUUCGGAGGUACGAUAGACCCGGGUCGAAUCCCGCCUUUUGGGGAGGAUUCAGUGGCGGUGGACGUGGCCCUACUAGAUGGCGGGACCAGCACCACCCUCAACCGCUGCCGCCGCCGUCUCAUCCUUACCACCACCAUCAGCACGGCUCUUACUCAGGUUUCCGCUCCCGCCCUCCCCCUCCCCCUCCUGGUCUCGGAAAGCAGGGUGGUCGAAACAUGUACCAAGAGGAGUCCAGUCAUGUCUUUCCACCUUUUGGGUCACAGUUCAGUGACAGGAUUUUUUAUGACAUGAAUUAUCGGCCUCCUAAUUCUUGCAUUGAUGGAAGAUAUUUCAGACAUAACAGGGAAAUUAGGGGUUCCUUUAGCCACAAAGUCUUGAAAGAUCACUCUUGGGAGCCUACUUCCUCGCCAUGUGGUCCAAGGAGACCCAUCAGUGAUCUAAACGAACAGAGUUCUGUAGAGAAUGGGAAAUCUUACAAUUAUGGCAGCAAUAACAGCAACGGAAGCAACAAAUCCUCCUUCCAUCCUCUUCCUGACAGCAUAACCUUGUUGGGUCAAUCUCAGUUUCUCUUGAAAGUGAAGCAUGAUAAGAAUGGUGCCAAUACUGAGAGAGCCUACAAAGGUCAUAAAUUAGAGAAAGAGAACCCACUGGAGUCUAUAGAUUGCAAAUCUUUGAAACGGACCCGGUUAGGAAGCUUAUCUUCAAGGGGAUCUGGUUUUAGCCUUUGGAGUACCUUCAAGAGUGUGGGAACAGACUCCAAUGAUACUGUGCCGCAGGUGCGGCCAAAGAUUGCGAUGCCAGUUCAGUCUCCUUCUGGGGGUGCUGUUGCUUGUCCGAUUUCUGCUUCUAAGACUUCUUCUGAAGAUAAUAGUUCCAGGAAGAAGCCCCGCCUUCAAUGGGGUGAGGGACUGAAAAAGUUUGAGAAGAAGAAAGUUGAAGACCCUGAAGAUGGUGCAACCAGAAAUGGAUUGGUCAUUAGUGAUAGUGAUACAGAAGUUAUGCAGUCUGAUGCCGUGAACCUUGCUGAUGAGAGUCCUAAAGCUGCAGCUUUAUUGGAUUGUGCCUCACUGGCUACUCCAUCUUCGGUUGCUUGUAGUUCGUCGCCUGGUGUUCAGGAGAAACAAUCCAUCAAGGCAGUAAGUUUUGAUCAUGAUAAGACUAAUUUUAGUUAUUCACCAAGUAGUCUGUCCCAGAUGCAGUGUGUGGGGCCAACUUUCAGUUUAGAGAACUUGGAGCUCACGUCUAUUGCUAAUUUGAGCUCUUCGAUCAGUGAAUUGUUAAGACCUGAUUAUCCACAUUCUGUGGAUUCUGGUUUUGUGCGAACUACUGCGAUGAACAAGUUGUUGUUAUGGAAAGUCGACGUAUUAAAAGCACUCGAGAUGACUGAGUCCAAUAUAAAUUCGAUUGAUACUGAGAUGAAAACAUCGAUAUCUGAGGUUGGAAGUAGCUUUCCUUAUCCAGCUGCAUCAUGUUUGCUGCCAGGUGACAAGAUUUUGGAGAAUAUAACCGAGGUAUUGGACAAUGAGAACACUGUGGUGAAAGAGGAGGAUAUUGAUAAUUCAGAGAGUGCGAUAUCAAAGUUUGUUGCAAGUGCAGAGGACUUCUGCCCUUCUGAACGAGCCAAUCACAUUGAAGGAUACCUAAAUUCUGAUGUAAAUAAUUCUAAAAACCUGGAAGUGAAUUGUUUAGAAAAUAGUCUUAAUGAUGAGGAAACAAAAGGUCGUGUGGAUGAUUCUGAACCGAUCUUGAGUAGUAAUUAUCCUACUCUUGCUAGUUGUAGCAAUUCAUGUUGUGGUAGUGAGGAUGUAUAUGAUUUAAUACUGGCAACCAACAAAGAUUCUGCAGAUAGAGCUUCAGAAGUGUUAAAUAAGUUAUUGCCUGCCAACCAGUGUCAUUUUGAUAUUUCAACUGCUGCUGGUGUCUCAUAUUUGCCAAGUGAUUCCAUGAUAAUGAAGAAGAAAUUUCUAACGAGGAAACGAUUCGUACAAUUUAACGAGAAAGUCACGACCCUCAAGUUUAAGGUUUUUCAUCACUUCUGGAAGGAAAAUCAGCUACUUUCUGUAAGGAGAGUUCCUCUGAAGUCACACAAGAAAGAUCGAAAUUGGACUGAUUAUUUUGCCUAUCGAAAGCAUCAUUCCUGUCCCUCUAGAUUUUCUUCUGCCGUCUCAGUCUUUGCUAAAGGGAAUCUUAGCCUGGUGCCCACAGAAGAAGGAAUUGAUUUUGUGAGUAGGUUGCUUUCGAAUUUCAAGCUCAGACUCUACAGGAAUACACUGAAGAUGCCAGUUUUAAUUUUGGACAAGAAGGAGAAGUUUAUAUCGAGGUUUAUCUCGAGUAAUGGUUUGGUGGAAGAUCCUCUUACUGUUGAAAAAGAGAGGUCUAUGAUCAACAUCUGGACAUCUGAAGAGAGAGAAAUUUUCGUCGACAAACUUGCUACCUUUGGGAAAGACUUCAGUAAGAUAGCGUAUUUUCUUGAUCACAAAACAACUGCAGAUUGCAUUGAGUUUUACUACAAGAAUCACAGGUCGGAAUACUUUGAGAAGUCGAAGAUGGGAUUUCCAAACCAAAGGAAGACCCGAUCUGGUGGUACUUACCUGGUUGCAUCAGGGAAAAGAUGGAAUCGUGAGGCAAAUGCAGCUUCCCUUGACGUACUGGGUUCAGCAUCAGCAGUUGCUGUUUCUGCUGAUAGUGGUAUAGAAAUUCAGCAAAAAUGCACCUCGAGAUUCUCUCAUGGGUUGAGUGCUUACGGAGAAUCAAGAGGUGAUAUUGGUUCAUUACAAAGAUCAAACAAUCUCGAUAUUAAAGUUAAUGAUCGAGAAACUCUGGCUGUUGAUGUGUUAGCCGGUGUAUGUUCUUCCUUGUCACACAAAGCUAUGAAUUCUUGCAUUACGAGUUCUGUUGAUCCUGCAGAGAUCUGCGAGGAACUUUACGAUUCAUGCUUAGAUGAGAGCUGUGAGGAGAUGGACACCACUGAUUGGACUGAUGAGGAGAAAUCCAUUUUCAUACAGGCCGUUUCAUCUUAUGGCAAGGAUUUUGAAAUGAUCUCACAGUGCGUCAGAACCAGAUCCAUAAAUGAGUGCAAGGUCUUCUUUAGCAAGACCCAUAAGUGUCUUGGAUUGGAUAUGAUACAGCCCAGACCUAGCAAUGCGGUGUCUGGUGAUGCUAUGGGAGGUGGAAGUGACGACUCCGAAGAUGCUUGUGUUGUGGAGUCAGAGACUAUUAUUUGCUGCGAGAGAUCAGGAUGUGAGAUGGGAGAGAACCUUCUGUCUCCCGAUUUAAAUACGAGCUGUGAAUCUGAUAUAGUAGGAAUACCGACUUUGAAGCCCCAUCUUAACGAAUGUGAGGAAAAUAAUGGAACGGGUUUUGAUGAUUUUAUGGAUGCUGAGAAAUCUGGGACAGAUCUUUGUCAGGAGAAGGAUAUGGCCGGUUUAGACUUUGAUACAGAUGCAAAUGAGCAACGCGCUAAUUGUGGAACUUUGGAUGUCUCCUGUGAUACAGAAUCUUUACGAGUAAUUGAAGAGGCUGAGAACCAUGUCCAGUCUAAUAGAUUGGGCGAGACACAGAAUGCUGCUUCAAUUGAUUUUUCUGAUGGGCAUCGUAGGCCAGGUGUUUCUUCUCAUCCAUGUGGUGAUGCACAUUCUUCUACGCAAUUAGAUAUAUCAUUGGGAUGCCAAAAGAAAACUUCUAAUCAUAAUGCUUCAUCAGCUGCUCGAGCUAUUGCGACCAGUGAUGUGCAGUGUCAGAAAAUUGCUCGGACGGGUAAUUGUCAACAUCAUCUUUCCUGUCGCUCAUUUUCAGAUCGUGUCGAGUCUUCCCAAAUUCUUGGGGACUUGAAGGUUUCAAUGUCAACUGUGAAGGAGAAACAUGUGGGUAUUAGUUGCGAAAGAGAAGUUUCACUUCAAAGUGACGCAAAGGUAGAUGGAAAUUUUCCAUUAGAUCGGAGUUCUGGAUUCUCUCUUCAGAAGUGCAAUAGUUUGAGAUUUCAGACUUCUUCCGAGGCUCCAACUCCAUCGCAAGAGCAGACAAGGGAUUACUGUAGGAAAGGUGGUGUGAAAUUGUUUGGUCAGAUUUUAAUAUCUUCUCAGGGUAAACAAAAUUCUUCUAUACCGCCCAAUGAUAAGAAAAUGCAUCAUCCUAAAUCAGGUAAGCAAUCAUUCAGUGGGAAUCAGACUAUUAAUUUAAAUUCAACUCAAGCGAAGUUUGACUGUGUUGACUACCUGAGCUCUGAGAAUAUUCCAAUCACAAAUUUUCGUUCUUGGGAUGCUAAUAAGUUUCAGAAUGCUUUCCCUCCUUUUCCCAAUUCGACUCUCUUGCUUCGUCAGAAUCCUGCUGCAGUUAUCAUGCCAUUGGACAAACUAAAGCAGCCAUUGUUACAUCAAGUUGUCAAGAGCUUUCCAAUCCCUGGACAAAGUAGCUGCAACAGAGUAGCAGAUUAUGAGGUUCCAAGGAAAGGUGAAGUGCGGCCUUUUACAGUAAAUUUAGAGAUGCAACGAGCAAGAAGUUGUUCUAAUGUCAUGUCAGGUACCCAACAGCCAAAAAAGGGAAUGGUUGUUCACACUGGCGUUUCAGAUCCUGUGGAGGCCAUUAAACUGCACUAUGCAAAAAGCUGAACAACUGUGUCCCGACUGCAAACAUCAGAGACAAUGAUGUCCGGCCAUAGAAGGGGCAGGAGGGAUUUUACUGAGAGGCUCUCUAUGAUGGUGUCACAUUGUGUAUAUAUAUUUUAAAUGUUUUUUCAUUUCAAUUCAGCAAUGCUAGGGCUGUUUUUAGUCUCAAAAAAAAAAAAAAAACCAUCAUUUUGAUCAGAAGAUUUGUAGUUCUUGUAAUAUUGCAGCAGCUUUGUAUUUGUUGUAUUUGAUGGAUAUAGAGAAAAUAAUCCCUCAAAACAAUUUGAAGUUGUCGUAAAUGAUUUAUUGCUUUUGAAUUUCAGAA